UUGAAAUGUUUUUAUAAUUCGCGUUAGGCCGGGGAUUUCUAUGGUGGUAAACGCAAAACAAAAGUUGGGAAAGAAAGCUCCUCUCUCCCUCUUCCCCAGUCUCUCUAUCUCUCUGCUUGUACAGCUGCCUCCUCGUUCACCUUUCACAUACAGGAGAGGAGGAGGAGACAGUGUGAGGGAGGAGAAGAGGGGGAAGUAGAUACUGCUGGUGGCGCAUUGUAGCAGAGCGCACUGGUUUGGUUCGUGGAGGAUUCUCCUCCUUCAUUUAUUCUAAUUUCUCUCCCUGGUCCGUUCGCUUCUUUCCCACGGCAACCUUACUUCGAUUGAUUGACGAAGGAACAGAAAUCGAAUCAAAGAGCUUUUUCGUUCUCCCCCUCUCGCUGCAUAUUUGUAAAUCUCCUGUUUUGGAUAGAUUAAACUCUGGCCGACCUUAAAGGAACCCUAGCGCUCCUAUCCUCGAUUCUAGACAAUCGGUUCGAUUUCGGGUCCACGAAGAGGAAGCGUAGAGGGAUUUACACGGUGAAGAUGCUCUGGAUUAUGAGGUUUUCUGGCUUCUUUUCCGCCGCAAUGGUCAUGAUCGUCCUUUCUCCUUCUCUGCAGUCCUUCCCUCCCGCGGAAGCCAUCCGGUCUACCCACCUUGACAGCUACCUCCGUUUACCGGUUCAAAUGUCGCCAUCUGAUAACAUCAGCCGGUUUUCGUUCCGAAAAGCCUCCGCAUUUCGCAAUGCCGAUGAAUGCCGCUCUGUUAUUUUGGAAAGCUCCGGCGAAACCAGCGUCUGCGAUCCCAAUUUGGUUCAUGUGGCGAUUACACUCGACGUCGAGUACCUCCGCGGCUCAAUCGCCGCUGUCCAUUCGAUUCUGCAGCAUUCGCUGUGCCCGGAGAGUAUCUUCUUCCACUUCCUAGUCUCGGAGACGAAUCUCGAAACCUUGGUGAGAUCCACUUUCCCUCACUUGAAGUUCAAGGUGUAUUACUUCGAUCCGGAGAUUGUACGGGGCCUAAUCUCGACCUCGGUGAGGCAAGCUCUCGAGCAGCCGCUGAAUUACGCGAGGAAUUACUUGGCGGAUCUGCUCGAGCCCUGCGUGCGGAGAGUGAUAUACCUGGACUCUGAUCUAGUCGUUGUUGACGACAUCUCCAAGCUAUGGACAACGAGUUUGGGUUCCAGAACAAUCGGAGCCCCGGAGUAUUGCCACGCGAAUUUCAGCAAGUAUUUCACGGCGGGGUUCUGGUCGGAACGGCGGUUUAACGGCGUUUUUUAUGGAAGGAAGCCGUGUUACUUCAACACCGGCGUGAUGGUCAUAGAUCUGGCCAAGUGGAGGCGGGUCGGGUACACGAGGAGGAUCGAGAGGUGGAUGGAGAUCCAGAAGAGCGAGCGGAUCUACGAGCUCGGGUCCCUGCCGCCGUUCCUGCUGGUAUUCGCUGGACACGUGGCGCCCAUAGAGCACCGGUGGAAUCAGCACGGCUUAGGUGGCGACAACGUGAGGGGCAGCUGUCGUGACCUUCACCCAGGUCCGGUUAGCCUGCUACAUUGGUCCGGUAGCGGUAAGCCCUGGCUCAGGCUCGACUCCAAGCAACCGUGCCCACUCGACGCUCUAUGGGCACCCUACGACCUGUACGGGCUCUCCCACUGAGGAAAAAAAAAAAAAAAAAAACACGAGAUGGGAUUCUCAUUUCUGGUAAAUUCCUUCCAGGACUGUUUUUUUUUUAAAAUUUUUUUUUUGUUAUAUCAUUAUUUUGUGUUUAUUUUCACCGUCACCUCUACUGCUCGGAUCUUCUUCUUCUUCUUCGAUUUUCCUUUAUUAUAAUUAUUAACUCAUUUAUCAGGGGAUUUGUAUUCGACUCUAUUCUAUUACCCCUGCCUCUGAAAAUAAAAGCAAAAAAGAAAAAAAAAUGAUAUUGAAUUUGUUAUUGUAUAAUAUCUAUAAUAGAAUCCGAUUUUAUU